AUGCUAACAAUUCGUCCAAGUCGAGAUGACGAUAUUCCAUUCAUUACUGCAAUAUAUAGUUAUUAUGUAUUAUAUAGUACAAGUACGCUUGAAACUAUACCACCAAUAGCCGAUGAGAUGGUAAGUCGACGAGAUGAUGUUCUGAAAAAGAAUCUACCGUAUCUCAUGGCAGAAGAUGAUAACUCAAUUGUUGGAUAUGCGUAUUGUAUGUGGUUUAAACCACGUGCUGCUUAUCGGUACGCUGUAGAAUUAUCAAUCUAUUUUGAUAAAGAUGUCUGUAGUAAAGGUUUUGGUCGGCAAUUGUUGAAUGCUUUGUUAGAAGAAGCCAGAUUAGUUGGUGUUCGAAAAAUGAUUGGUGUCAUUGGCGAUUCAGCAAACAAUCGCUCUAUUAAUUUACUUCGUGCUGCCGGAUUUUCUCAUGUUGCCACAUUGAAAUCUUAUGGAUGGAAGUUUAACCGCUGGCUUGAUGUAAUUCUUAUGGACAAAAGUAUUGGUGAAGAUGAUGCAACAGCUCCUGAAUAA